GUCACGCUUGUGUUUUGCUUUUUUUUUUUUGUUGUUAUUGUUUCGGGUCCUUGGAUCAACCGAGUGCGAGGAGGAAAGCGCGUCUCGUGGUUUGUGGUUUUCUCCACGCAUUGUGACAACCGUGUCUGAUAGAGGGGCAGCUCGCUUAUACAUCUCACGGAGAAGUCGGGGAUAUAAAAAAAAAAAAAAGUAGGUGGAAAACCGCCUCCUUUCCUUUGUGUUGCCAUGGAAAAGCCUUGGCGGGUGGAGUUCAGAAACGUGGGCAGCAGUUACUUCCCUCAGAGCAGAGUGGAUUGCCACUACACACUUAACACACACCACAACUGGGCCAGCAAUGACUGGAUAGGGCUCUUCAAGGUUGGAUGGUCGUCAGUCAAGGAGUACCACACGUUCGUCUGGGCUCUGGUGCCGACUGACUAUCAAGAGGGCACAGAUGUCAACUGCUGUGUGCACUUCCAGGCCUCCUACCUUCCCAAACCCAGCUCCCAGGACUAUGAGUUUGCAUAUAUUGAUGCGAAGGGGGAAGUGGUCUGCUGCAGCUCCGCGUUCACUUUCUGCGCUCCCAAGCCCCUCGAGGAUCUGGUGACCCUUGAGGAGGAGCCCCAUGGGGAGGAAGGAAGCACGGGCAUGUUGCUGGUAGUGCCUAGAGCUGAACUGCUGCAGGGCCGACUGCAGGAAUGUCUGCGAGAGCGCGCCGAGCUGCUGCAGGCGCAGGAGGUGGCGAACAGGCGGAGGGAGAAAGAUCAGGAGGAGCACAAGAGGGCGAGGGAGGCCUGGGACAGAAGGCACAGGGCGCUGGAGAGGGACGUCGCCAGGCUGCAGGAAGAGCUGAAGCAGAGUCGAGAGAAGGUCGAGGGGAUGGAGAUGGAGCAGAAGGAGGUGCAGGCUUUUGGGGAAUCACUGGCCCAGGAGAAAAGUGCUUUAUUGGAUGCGAGCGAGGCGAGCAAAGUGCGAAUCAAAGAGCUGGAGGAGGAUAUCAAAACCUUGGCUCAGAGAAGUGUGGAGAAAGAGACUGAGUUGGAAAGGAUGAAAGAAAGAGCGAAGAGGGCGGGAGCUCAGAGGAAGGAAGAGGAGGGUGACAGAAAGAGCCUGCAGUCAAAGCUGGAACAGACAGAAGGUGAACUCCGAAGUCUGUCUAAGGAGUUUCAGGUCUUAAGGAAUUCACUGGCCCAGAGAGACACCAGUGUCCUGCAGCUGCAAAACAGCAUCACCACCCUCACCCAGAAACUCACCGCUGCCCACAGGAAGGAGGCGCAGAACGAGGCCACGCUGAAGGAGAUGCGGAGCCUGCGGGAGCGUCUGAACCUGAGCGAGCGUGCCGCAGAGGCCCUGAAGAGUGAUCUGAGCGCCAUGGUGGCCCAGAGGGAUCACGGUCAGGCCGAGAUGCAUCAGGCUCGUCUGCAGGCCGCCCAGCUCACGCUUCAGCUCGCUGAUUCCAGUCUGGCCAUGAGAGAGGGACGAGCCCGCUGGGCCCAGGAGAGGCAGAACCUGCAGCGCACUGCUGAGAAGGACCACGAGCGUCUUGAGAAACUCAGCACGGAGAUGCAGAGGACGGAAGAGAGGCUGCAAGAAGAGCGGAUGGAGAGAGUGAAGCUGGAGGUUGAGCUUGGGAGGGAAAGGGACUGCAACCGGGUUCAGCUGAGUGAAACCUGCAGGGAGCUGCAGGAGCUGAAAGCCAGCUUGAGGGUCGCCCAGAAAGAGAAGGAGCAGCAGCUUGCAGAGAAACAGGAGUUGAUGGAGUACAUCUGUCAGCUGGAGCAGAAGAUGGGAACAGCGGUCGGUGCCAAGUGGAGCGCUGCCCCGAUUGCCUAUACAGAUCUGCCUGCGAGCGUGUUAUCGGACUCCGAGGACGAGAACCCGGAGGCUUUGCAGCCCCUCCGCCCGCCGAGGCCUCUGGGACACUACAGUCUGUGCGAGCAGGGCCAGCCCGACUCCUUACUCCUGGCCACCCCUCCCCCCUCCCCCAGGGAGGUGGAGAGGAGCACAGUGGUCAUCAACCAGCCGGCCCCGCUCUCCUCGCCGCGCCAGGCCGACGCCGACCGGCAGGCGCACAGCUCUGAUUCGGAGGAGGAAUCUGACACACUCAAGUGUGGAAGACACGGCUCUGGGGAGGAAACGGCACUUUUGCUGCCUGAACACACGGACACUGUUCUCAGUGAUGUGGCGGACACCUCGCUAUGGUAACCUGCGGAUGGCGAGUGGCCAGAAGGAGGACAAAGGAGGACAAAUGAGGACCUUUGUGUGGUUCUAUAAUACUUCCGCUAAGCACAUAUGCAGCUCACUCACUACACAGGGAAACUGGUAAUAUGCAAUUGACAUCAUAUCUGCCGUGAACCCUGGGUUUCCCCUCUAACUGUCGUGUUAUUAUUACUGUGGCUGUCUUGUCGUUUCGGAAUGACACGCGGUCUUGUGGGGGCAGGUCGACACUGACGGACAUAAGACUGUUGCACAGUUGGACACAGCUCGCUCUUGGGCGUGGCCUCUGGCGUUUGAGAGUUAUCAAGCCGGAGCAGAAUUAUUUUGGUUGAAUCAUUGCAGUGUCGAGAGCUUAACGAUGGAUGUUAUGCCGUUUUUUUUUUUAAUAACAUUUGUUAUUAGGAUUCAUGACAUUAUGAUGGUUUUUGCAGGUCCAGCUCCACUGGAAAUCAUGGCAGAACUCUCCAACAUCAAUUUCUCCACAGCAACUUUCAACGCUAUUCACGGCAGCAUGAAGUAAUAAUGAUACAGCAUCAUAAUUAUACUGCAGUAAUGUGGGUCUACGACAUCAUAUUUCCCCUCCAUUUACUCACAAGUAAGAUUUGAUAUGCACUUUCUUGAAUGCAGGAGCACUUGAUUGCUGUCGUGCAGAUGCAGUUAAAUAGAUUUAGUGUUUCAGAGAUGCUCUAAGAAGGAGAAGCAUUUAAAAAAAGAAAGCUUAUUGAGCAGAUUGCGUUAAAGUCUAUUAAAUACACGGCAGAUGCAACUUUCUACUUCAGUACUUACAUAUAAUCAUUGUUAUAGUUAACGCUCAUGCUUUACACAAUAGGUCCGCUGUAGUCUUUUAAUACUUAAUGGAUUUACAAGCUGGCAAUUAGGAUAUUAUUGUUACAAUUUCUUAUUUUACAGAAACCUCACAUUCACGCUGUUAUAAAUUUGUGCCUAAAAUAAUUUAAAAUAGAGUCAUCCUCAAAAAAAAUCAUCUUUUUAGAUGCAGUGACACAGUGUUGGUAUUUUCCCCGGGCCCUAUGGCAAUUUACUGCCUAAUAAAAACAGCUGCCUGCCUUUUAAUCAAUACUGUAUGCAUUUUUCAUGAUUUCUAUUCAUAAUUAACUUGAGUUAUGCUGCAAUUAAAUUAUAUUCAGGUUUAGUUUGAAAGAGGUGUUUUUCACGCAGCCGUGAGACAAAACUUUCCAUGCUUGGCUAAGAAAACUUUGCUUGAUUUUAUCUGCUGUAUUUGCACCAUAUUUUUUAUUACAUAAGAGUUUUUAGAUGAACGGCUGAUGAAUGGAUACCUAAUAUGUCGCUUCAUCAUUAUCUUAAUCAUUACCAUUGUGUUAUCUACACCUUUUGCUUUCGAAUACUCACUUUAAAACUUGAUUUAUGAGAAAUGAUUUUGCAGGACGUCGGUACUAAUGAAAGGGAAAGGCCUGUUGCGUUUGAGGACCAGGAUUAUGGAAGGAGUCACCUCUCAUUUGCCUCGUGUCGCCGGGUGUCCUGGGGUUGCAGUUCAUGUCGAUUCUCCUUGUGUGGAGCCUGCUAUUCUUUCUUAUAAGAUAGUUCACUACAUGUAUUCUCCAUAGUCCUUGUUUGUGGUUGUAAUCCAAUUUUGAUGUGUUAGGGGUGUUGUGUUUGUCUGUGGUUCCGCUGAGAGCUGCCGUACUUCUGCUCCUCGCCGGGACGCCGUCUCCGGUUGCAAUAAAGCUCCAGUGGUUACGGUUUGUUUUGAGGUUUUGUGUGUGAAGGUUUAUCCCACAUGUACACCGCCGUGUUUUGUCUUACCAUUCAUGUAAUGGGAUUCGGCCGGGGUUCAGUAAUAAAAUCGUUUAUGUAUCUACUA